CACAGAACGUUCUCGCCUUGUCCGCCUUUGCUGGGGCACCCGCGGGUGGUGGGACAGACAACAUCGCGGCAUGAGAUGAAGCUGUGACAGAUGGGGAAGCUGAGACCCAGAGGGGUAACUUUUUCAAGAUUCCAUAAAAGAGCCAGGAUUUGAAUACAGUUCUUCUAAUUGUUUGAAAACACAAUGGCAGGAAACAGCCUUGUCCUACCCAUUGUUCUUUGGGGUCGCAAAGCACCAACACAUUGCAUCUCAGCAGUACUUUUAACAGACGACGGGACCACGAUUGUAACUGGAUGCCAUGAUGGACAGAUAUGUCUCUGGGAUCUCUCAGUAGAAUUGGAAGUUAAUCCUCGAGCACUGUUGUUUGGUCACACGGCCUCAAUCACCUGUUUGUCUAAAGCUUGUGCUUCUACUGACAAACAGUAUAUUGUGAGUGCGUCUGAAAGUGGAGAGAUGUGUCUUUGGGAUGUGAAUGAUGGCAGAUGUAUUGAAUUUACAAAAUUAGCCUGCACACAUACAGGCAUACAGUUCUACCAGUUUUCUGUUGGAAAUCAGAAAGAAGGCAGGCUUCUGUGCCAUGGCCACUACCCUGAAAUCCUCGUUGUGGAUGCCACCAGCCUUGAGGUGUUAUACUCCUUAGUAUCAAAGAUCUCUCCAGACUGGAUUAGCUCCAUGAGUAUCAUUCGAUCCCAUCGAACACAAGAGGAUACUGUGGUAGCCCUUUCAGUGACGGGCAUCUUGAAGGUGUGGAUUGUCACCUCUGAAAUAAGUGGCAUGCAGGAUACUGAGCCAAUAUUUGAGGAGGAAUCCAAACCAAUUUAUUGUCAGAAUUGCCAAAGCAUUUCUUUUUGUGCAUUCACACAAAGAUCGCUUUUGGUUGUGUGCUCCAAAUAUUGGAGGGUAUUUGAUGCUGGAGAUUAUUCCUUGCUGUGUUCAGGUCCUAGUGAAAACGGACAGACGUGGACUGGAGGUGACUUUGUAUCAGCAGAUAAAGUAAUCAUCUGGACUGAAAAUGGACAAAGUUAUAUUUACAGACUACCUGCCAGUUGCCUUCCAGCUAGUGAUUCAUUCCGCAGUGAUGUAGGGAAAGCAGUUGAAAAUUUAAUUCCUCCCGUACAGCAUAGUCUCUUGGACCGAACAGAUAAAGAGUUACUAAUUUGUCCUCCUGUUACUCGGUUCUUCUAUGGAUGCAGGGAACACAUCCAUAAACUCUUAAUUCAAGGUGAUUCUUCAGGAAGACUGAAUAUUUGGAACAUAUCAGACACACCUGAUAAACAGGAAGAGCUGAAAAUGACAACCUCUAUUAGCUUGCAAGAAGCAUUUGAUAAACUGAAUCCUUGUCCUGCUGGAAUUAUAGAUCAGCUGAGCGUGAUUCCCAAUAGUAGUGAACCUCUUAAAGUCACCGCGAGCGUGUACAUCCCGGCUCACGGACGACUCGUCUGUGGCCGUGAGGACGGAAGCAUCAUUAUUGUGCCCGCCACCCAGACGGCCAUCGUGCAGCUGCUGCAAGGGGAACACAUGCUCCGCCGAGGUUGGCCACCUCACAGAACACUCCGUGGUCAUCGGAACAAAGUCACAUGUUUGCUAUAUCCUCAUCAGGUCUCAGCUCGUUAUGAUCAAAGAUACCUGAUAUCUGGAGGUGUGGACUUUUCAGUCAUAAUUUGGGACAUAUUUUCUGGAGAAAUGAAGCACAUCUUCUGUGUGCAUGGUGGCGAGAUUACUCAACUUCUAGUUCCACCUGAAAACUGUAGUGCAAGAGUGCAGCACUGUAUCUGCUCUGUAGCCAGUGACCACUCAGUAGGACUCCUAAGUCUGCGAGAGAAAAAAUGCAUUAUGCUGGCAUCUCGUCAUCUGUUCCCUGUUCAAGUAAUCAAGUGGAGGCCUUCUGAUGAUUACCUAGUAGUGGGAUGUUCAGAUGGCUCGGUGUACGUCUGGCAAAUGGACACUGGCGCGUUGGAUCGCUGCGUGAUGGGGAUAACCGCCGUAGAGAUACUGAAUGCCUGUGAUGAAGCAGUUCCCGCUGCGGCUGACUCACUUAGUCACCCAGCCAUCAACCUCAAGCAGGCUAUGACCCGGCGUAGUCUUGCUGCUCUUAAAAACAUGGCCCAUCAUAAGCUCCAGACUCUUGCAACUAACCUCUUGGCUUCCGAGGCAUCUGACAAAGGGAAUUUACCUAAAUAUUCCCAUAACUCCCUGAUGGUUCAAGCAAUAAAGACAAACCUAACAGAUCCGGACAUACAUGUGCUUUUCUUUGAUGUGGAAGCGUUGAUUAUUCAACUCUUGACUGAAGAAGCCUCUAGGCCGAAUACCGCGCUUAUUUCCCCAGAGAAUUUGCAAAAAGCAUCUGGCAGUUCAGACAAAGGGGGCUCUUUUCUAACUGGAAAACGAGCAGCAGUUCUCUUCCAACAAGUGAAAGAAACCAUCAAAGAGAACAUAAAGGAACAUCUCCUUGAUGAUGAAGAGGAGGAUGAGGAGAUAAUGAGGCAGAGGAGGGAAGAAAGCGAUCCAGAAUACCGGGCCAGCAAAUCUAAGCCAUUGACCCUAUUAGAAUAUAAUUUAACAAUGGACACUGCAAAAUUGUUCAUGUCCUGUCUUCACGCCUGGGGUUUAAAUGAAGUUCUGGAUGAAGUUUGUCUUGAUCGCCUUGGAAUGCUGAAACCCCAUUGCACAGUAUCUUUUGGUCUCCUGUCUCGAGGAGGUCAUAUGUCAUUGAUGCUUCCUGGUUAUAAUCAGCCUGCUCGUAAACUAUCACAUGGGAAAGCAGAAGUAGGAAGGAAGCUGCCAGCAGCCGAGGGCGCAGGAAAGGGAACUUACGGAGUGUCCCGAGCCGUCACCACCCAGCAUCUACUGUCUAUCAUAUCUUUGGCAAAUACGUUAAUGAGUAUGACCAACGCAACGUUUAUUGGUGAUCAUAUGAAGAAGGGUCCUACCAGGCCACCUCGACCAAGCACCCCAGACCUUUCUAAGGCAAGGGGUUCCCCUCCAACUUCCAGUAAUAUUGUGCAAGGACAGAUUAAACAAGGAUGGAGUCAGUUGGCUGCUAUGCAUUGUGUUAUGCUGCCAGACCUGCUGGGAUUGGACAAGUUUAGGCCUCCACUUCUAGAGAUGCUGGCUCGGAGAUGGCAAGAUCGAUGCUUGGAGGUCAGAGAAGCCGCGCAGGCCCUGCUUCUAGCUGAACUGAGAAGAAUUGAGCAAGCGGGACGGAAGGAAGCCAUUGAUGCCUGGGCCCCGUACUUACCUCAGUAUAUGGACCAUGUCAUAUCACCUGGAGUCUCAGCAGAAGCCAUGCAGACUAUCGGCACUGCUCCUGAUGCCCUGGGGCCAGAAGCCAAAGUCCAGGAAGAAGAGCACGACCUUGCAGAUGAUGACAUCACAACCGGUUGCCUAUCAAGUAUCCCACAAAUGAAAAAGAUUUCCACAUCUUAUGAGGAAAGACGGAAGCAAGCUACUGCUAUUGUUUUACUAGGAGUCAUAGGAGCUGAAUUUGGUGCUGAAAUUGAACCUCCCAAAUUGUUGACCAGACCGCGAAGCUCUAGCCAGAUUCCUGAGGGAUUUGGCUUGACUAGUGGUGGAUCCAACUACUCACUGGCCAGACACACUUGUAAGGCGCUGACAUUUCUACUGUUGCAGCCCCCGAGCCCCAAACUGCCCCCCCACAGCACGAUCCGAAGAACAGCCAUUGAUCUGAUUGGCCGUGGCUUCACAGUCUGGGAGCCUUACAUGGACGUGUCUGCAGUCCUCAUGGGGCUUCUCGAACUUUGUGCUGAUGCCGAGAAACAGCUCGCCAACAUCACAAUGGGGCUGCCUCUUAGCCCGGCUGCUGACUCCGCCCGCUCUGCGAGGCACGCCCUCUCGCUCAUUGCCACUGCCAGACCACCCGCCUUCAUCACAACUAUCGCCAAAGAGGUGCACAGACACACAGCUCUUGCAGCAAAUACCCAGUCACAGCAGAGCGUGCACACAACAGCUCUUGCACGAGCUAAAGGGGAAGUUCUGAGAGUCAUUGAGAUUCUUAUUGAAAAGAUGCCCACAGAUGUUGUGGAUCUUCUCGUAGAGGUUAUGGACAUCAUUAUGUACUGCCUUGAAGGAUCUUUAGUUAAAAAGAAAGGUCUUCAAGAAUGUUUCCCAGCCAUCUGCAGUUCUGUGCCCAAGUUCCUCUUCAGCGUCAAUGGCUGCAGUCACGUCGAAGAAUCUUCCAAGAGGGUGUCAUAUGAAGAUCGCCGGUGCAUUGAUUGUAGGGAUCAAUGCUGAUGUCCCCAGCACUUUGCUUACUGUCCCUUCUGUGAAGACUCAGGACAUUUCUUUUAAACUUGGAUAACAAGCACUUUUUGUUCGUUUUGUCCUAAGGACCCAGUAUGUGUAUUGUUUUUUGUGUCUGUUCUUUCUUCUACAUAACCAGGGUUAAUUUUGCUUUGGCCCUUAGGUAGCUCAAAGCCAGAUCUUUGCCUGAUUUUCAGUAAGUCAUGAAAGUGACUUACGUCACCCAUAUUAUAUCUUUCCUCGUCGUCACACCUCAGAUGGCUUUCUUUUCUGCCUUUUUACUGGAUUAUGGUGUUCCAUAUAAGCUUCCCUAAGUCCUUUGUGUAGUAUGUGACUAUAUAUGUAUGUAUGUGUAUAUGUGAAAUGGACACAUAUCUUAAAUUUUACUUCAAAAGCCAUGGAAACAAAAAUAAUUGUAUGCAUAAUACCAGUGAUGAUUAUCUUCUAAACAUUUUGUAAAAAGUCUUUCUAUUAACUGCAAUAUCCUAGAUCUUCAUGGAGUAGUUUAUGUAUCUGUAGAUACUCUCCUAUAUUAUUUAGUGAAAGAUCCAAAAAUCGCAUUAUUUUAACUGCUGUAUAAACUUUAUAGUCAUAGAUUUAAAUAUUUCCUAAUAAUUCACAUUUUGGUUCCAGGGAUGUUAUUAAUAAUAUAGAAGCAUCCAUUAAUAAUAGAAGAAAAUUACUUAAAUUUCACUGCCCUUGAGAGACUGUAGCACACACAUCCUUCAAAGAACCAUUACACAAAAUAGUUCGGUUGCCAGAUUUUUCAUCACUAUAACAAAUAAGGCUAUAUUAUUAUAUAGGAAAUACACUGCAUUCUUUUUAGAACACAGAUACAUUAUCAGUAAGAUUCUUGAAACAGUGAAUUACUUUUAUAUUUAUGAAUGAGCCGAAUCAGAGGUACAGUCAGGUAACUUAUUUAAGAAAUGAAUUCCUCCAGAUUCUCGCCUGUCUCACUCGCCUUUGCUUCGCCAUCAUCAGGCUCCUACAUGAGGCCUCAUCCGGCCCUCUGGAUAAUUGUUGUUAGAGGCAGAAGUCCAGAGGGUUCUGAGUAAUUUACGUUUAAUUGCCUGGACUAGAAAAAAUACAGCAUCCUUAGUUAAAAAUGCCCUAGACGCUAAGAAAGUAGAACCGACUUUUUUCAAGGAGUGGAGGAUAUGCAUCACUGAAGUUUCUUCAGAAUUUCCUUUUUAAAAUGUAGUUACCAACUGCUGUGUUGCUGAACUUGAAUAUCCUUGUGAAGUCCCUCAUACAACAGACCAUCAGCAACACUGAGCAUGCCAUGUUUGAUUCAGUUUGAUUAAUCAACCUCUGUUGGUCACCGUAUAAACACCGACUCAUUCUCCAUGGCUAUAUUUGAUACAGUAGCCUAAAAAAUCAAAGUGCAGAAAUGCACAGGUGUUCCUGAACUAAGAGAAAAACAGUAUACCACACAUACGUGUGACAUGUACCUGUUCUAAAGUGAAUACAGGUGUGUUAUUCAUUUUGUAAAAAUACUCUUUUGCUAGUCUCAGAAUAAAAAAAAAUUAAGCUCUUGGAAGCUACUGCCUAUCAAAGCUCCAUUAGAAAAGAAAAGAAAAGAAAAUACCUCCGGAAAUAUAAUGUAAUUAUAAUGUGAUGUUUAAAUUUAAGACUGUUUUGUUACGUUCUUGUGUACCAGUAGUGACAAAAUGCAUAGCACACAAAGGAUUAGGGAUUUAAUAAUGAAAUUGUGAGUUGAUGAGAAAAUAUGAUUAUAUUUGGAGAUAUAAAAAGUUCCAGGAUUUUUUCAUAGCAAAAAUUACAUACAUAUGCCUCUAAAUGCAAUUUUUAGUCACUUACAACUCCUCAGUUAGGCACAUUAUAAGUAGCUUGGAGGGGCUUUUGUAUCUACUUCCUUUAGAGUGCCCUUAGCAAAAAGUAACCAAAAGCCGUAGGCCCCAGAAUUCCCGGAUAGAUCCUUAUUUCAUGCAUUUUUAUUUUAAGUUGAAGCAAUCGAUUUGAAAUAUAACUAAGAGUGAUUCAACUUUUAUGCUUUUGAAAGACUUGUCAAAUAAAUUCACAGAUUCAAAGGAAAUCUUUUGUUGGGCUCUGUCCCAAUUUUUGGUUCAGAAAGUAUGAACUCUUGACAUAGGCACUCGAUAGCGGAGUGUGGAUAAUGAUACCAGCUCUGCCACUUAAUAUGUUGAGUCCUUAAUUUCCACAAAAUAAACGACACCCGUCAUUUCACCUAAGCAGUGGCCUGGCUGCAUUAUUUUCAUAGAAUGACAAGUUGUAGAAUGGUGAACCUGAAAAGGAACUUAUGUCACACAUUAUGUACUCCUGUCCUUCAUUUUACAAACGGACAAAUGUAUGACUUUUUAUGCUGACAGUGAGACGAAAAUAAAGCCCAGCUCUGCUCAACAGAUCCCACACCUGCUCUGUGUCCUGCAGAGGAGAGAGUCCACGGGCGUGCACACAUCAGGCGACACACAGAGUUGGGCCAUCUUAUCAGAGGGCGACAUGGCUCCUGUUGUGUUCCAGGCGCUGGUCUCUUCCUGCCUCACUCUCAUUCCAUCCUCUUUCCCCAUCUUGGACUGUGCUGUCUGGAGAACCCUGCUGUCACUGUGUCUUCUCUUCCCUCUGGCAUCUUGUCGUCAGCCUGGACGCAGGCUCUGUUAUCUCCCAUUGAACAAUCCUCCCUUCCUUCCACGUAUCACCUGUCUGCUGCCUGGUCUCUCUUCUCUCCUCUGCCAGGAAAAGGAGUCUGUACUCUAUUUGGUCACCUCUCGCGCCCUCUUGGCCCACUCUGAUCUGAUAUUUGCCCCCACUAUUUUGCUUACCUCUCUCUCUAUCCCUCUGGUUAAACUUUUUUGAUUGUCCAAUGUUUUUUAAUCUUCAGGAACUCUCAAACUUUUUGGUCUCAGAACUCCUUAAAAAGUAAAGACCCAAAAGAGUUAUUUGAAAUACUGAAUGCAGUUCGUGUUGAUAUAACAACAUAUUUUUAUGAAAAAUAACUACUUUGCAAAACAAACCAAAACAAAAACCCUGAAAAAGUAGCAUUGCUUAACAUUUUUAUAGAUUUCUUUCAUGUCUGGCUUAAUAGGAGACAGGUGGAUUUUCACAUCUCUGCCCGUCUUUAAUCUGUUGCCAUAUGUUGUUUUAAAUGAAGUACGUGGUGAAAAAUCUGGCCUCACAGAGACAUAGAGUUGAAAACAGGAGGAACAUUUCAAUAGCAUUUUAAGAUGAUUUUGCAUCUUCUUUAGCAGGUCACUAAAACUCAACAUGUAGUCAUUUUUAAAGGUUAGCUGCAAUGUAGACUCUGUAAUCAUAACAAACUUUUCAUAUUGUGAUAUUUAAUCCGUUGGUAUAUCUUUGAGAGGGUCUUUCCCCUCUGGGUGACUUUAUAACAUUACGCAUCUGCCUUUGGAAAACAUUGGUAGCUGAAUUUGGGGGAUUGUCCAUAUAUUGUUACAUUGCAGCCCACAUUAUCAAAACACUUGGCUAAUAUUACCGUCGAUCUCAUCAAAAAGUCAGUGAGAAUUGGGAAGUUAGAACUCUAAUUUUUACCUGAGAGCAUCAGUUUUAUCAUUGACAGCAAAUUCUGUCGGUGGUUUUUCUGGACAGGAAUAAAGUAGUUCAUUUUCGAGAAAAUGUCUGCCGAAUGCUCAAGUCCAAAUAUGCACAGCGUGUCUCUGGGUCGUACGUUCAAGCACGAAUGGUGUCGUGUGAAGAACAGCUGGUUUGUAGCUUUUGCACCUCAGCCCUGCCAGCGUUCUUUCCUGACAUGACCGUCAGGCUUCAGCGUAUGCCAGAAGUGCUUUCUGCACGCUCGCCAUUGGAUCACACUGCAUAUUCAGUUCAACACUGAACUCGUUUAGUUCUCCUUACUGCCAGCGCGUGGCUGCGGGAACAUAACAACGGCCGGUAGAGUUUGGUGCCGCGGCCUUGACUCAGGCCGCCGUGCCAGCAGCUUUACUUUUCACUGCUUUUACAUCAUCAGAGCAGCAUCAACGCAAUGAACAGGUCAAGUGACAUCUCAGUAUCUUCCAGAAGUAGUUUUGCUCUCGCAAACUUCCUGCCAGGAGCACGAGGCCCCCAUCCGCAGAUCCCCCUUUGAGAACCGCUGAUUUAGCAAACUAGCCUUUUGUUGGACUGAAGCGUGAAACUUACUUCUUCUUAAUUAAAACUCUCAUACGUACUUUGAGCACCCCUUAUAUCCCAGAGAUAGAAAGGUUACAUCAUAACCUUUCCUGGGACCCAGCGCCUGGGGAGGAGGUGGGCUAGACUUGAGAAAGACCAGGGAUUAGCUUCUCUGAGGCUCCAUACAAAUCCUAAAAUCGAUUCUACGUGCUUGCUUGCUUGCUUGCUUACUUACUUACUUAAUUUAUUUAUUUAUUAGGAUU